AUGGCAGUCGAUAUACAAGGUAUCGCAGGCCUACUGCAAGCCAGCCUCGACGCCAAGAACAAUCGACAAGCCGAGCAAUCGUUACGAGCAGAAGAGAGCAAACCCGCCUUCUCACUCGCACUCCUCCAGAUCGUCGCCACAGACAGCUUACCACAAACCACCCGACUCGCCGGCGCAUUAUUCUUCAAAAACUUCAUCAAGCGGAAUUGGGUCAACGAGGAGGGCGAGCACCAGCUACCUCGAGAUGAAGUCAGCACGAUCAAGAGUGAGCUCAUUGGGUUGAUGGUGAAGGUGCCGCCGUCGAUUCAAGCUCAAUUAGGGGAUGCGAUCAGUGUCAUCGCCGACAGUGACUUCUGGGAGAGGUGGGAGACUCUGGUGGAUGAUCUGGUGUCACGCUUCACCCCGGACAAUGCACAGGUCAAUAAUGGUGUCUUGCAAGUCGCCCACUCCAUCUUCAAGCGGUGGGAGCCGCUAUACCGAUCCGACGAACUAUACACCGAGAUCAACCACGUGCUGUCCAAGUUCGCGACACCAUUUCUCCAGCUAUGGCAGAACACCGACCACGUCAUUUCGCAGAACGAGAACAACGCGGAAGUACUCAAGGCGCAGUUCAGCACGCUCGACCUUAUUAUGAAGCUCACAUACGAUCUCUCCACCCACGACAUGCCACCACAAUUCGAGGAGCACUUGGGUGCUAUCGCUGGUCUAUUACACAAGUACCUCACAUACGACAACGCCGCGUUACGGUCCAGCGAUGACGACGAAGCUGGGCCGCUGGAGUCAGUAAGAGCAGGUGUGUUUAAAGUACUCGUGCUGUACACGAGAAAGUAUGAGGAGGAGUUUGAGAAGCACACGGAGCAGUUCAUCGGCACAUCUUGGACGUUCUUGACUGGUCUGGGCCCGGAAGCAAAAUACGACGUGGUAGUCAGCAGAGCGUUGGAGUUCUUGACCAUUGUUGUUGGCAUCAGGAAAUAUGCUGAGCAGUUCAAUGGAUCGGAUGUGCUGAGCCAGGUAACGGAGAAAGUGGUUAUACCCAAUCUCUCACUACGAGAGUCGGAUGUGGAGACCUUUGAAGAUGAGCCGAUUGAAUUUAUACGAAGAGAUCUGGAGGGCUCAGACGAAGACACAAGACGGAGAGGAGCGACUAACUUCCUUCGCAAACUUAUGGAACAAUUCGAGAAGCCAGUCACGGAUGUGGUGAUGCGAUAUGUCGACCACUUUCUAGCAGAAUAUGCCAAAGACCGGAAAGGUAACUGGAAGGCAAAGGACACCGCAGUGCAUCUCUACUCCUCCAUCGCAGCCAAAGGUGUCUCAACAUCUGCCAAGGGCGUGCUCAGCGUCAACAGCAACAUCGACGUGAUCGACUUCUUCCAGAAACACAUCGCCGAAGACCUCACCACAGCCGGCACCGAGCCACUCCUCCAAGUCGACGCGAUCAAAUACCUCUACAUCUUCCGCAGCAUCCUCUCCGCACCCCAAUGGCUAGCCGCCUUUCCCCUGCUGGUCCAACACCUCAACUCCUCCAACUACGUCGUCUACACCUACGCCGCCAUCGCCGUCGACCGCGCCCUCUACCUCCUCAACGACCAGAACCAACCAAUAAUCCCACGCAAUAGUAUCGUGCCCCUAUCAAAGGACCUCCUCCAACACCUCUUCACCCUUAUAACCAAGGACACGAAACCCGAAAAGGUGCAAGAGAACGAAUUCCUCAUCAAAUGCUGCAUGCGCGUCCUCAUCGUCAUCCGCGACAGUGUAGUCCCCAUCAUGGACCUCGUCCUGACAAAUCUCGUCAACAUCACCAAAGUCAUCCGCCACAACCCCUCCAACCCAGGCUUCUGCUACUACCACUUCGAAUCGCUCGGCGCGCUAAUCCGCUUCGCCGGCCCAACCGAACCCUCGAAGCUCGAAGCCGGCCUCUUCACCCCCUUGACCGAAGUCCUCAGCUCCGACACCGACGAAUUCCGCCCUUACAUCUUCCAGCUCCUAGCCGCUCUAAUCCACACCAACCCGUCCCCCGUCCUCUCCCCAAACAUGCAAGGCAUCCUCACCCCCUGCCUAACCCCUACUUUAUGGGAAACCCGCGGCAACAUCCCCGCCCUAACCCGCCUCCUCUGCAACAUCCUCCCCCUCGCCCACGCCCAAAUCCGCGCCCAAAACCAACUCGAACCCCUCCUCCUCAUCUUCCAGAAACUCGUCUCCACCAAAACCCACGAAACCUACGCCAUGGACCUCCUGGAAACCCUCACCGCUUCCUUCCCCCCAGCCGCGCUAGAGAAAUACUGGAUCACCAUCCUCUCCCUCCUCUUCACCCGCCUCUCGGCCAGCAAAACGGAAAACUUCACCCUCCGCUUCAUCCGCUUCUACCAUCUCGUCUCCGCCUCGGUGGAAAGGGGUCUCGGGGCGGAUUUCUUCAUCAAGGUCGCCGAUCAGGUGCAGGAGAAUGUUUUCACCGCCGUGUAUACGCAGAUUAUUCUUCCCGAGACACAGAGGAUUACGCGGCCUUUUGAUCGGAAGACGGCGGUUGUUUCGCUCACGAGGACGUUGGCGGAUUCCGAGGCGUUUGUCGAGAGGUAUAGUAAGAGGGGGUGGACGAUUACUUGUCAGGCGUUACUUCAACUUCUUAUUAAUCCGCCUUUACCUACGAAUAACACAGCCGGGGUUGAGGCGGCGAUCGAGGAGAGGGAUGUGGAUGAUCUGUCUUUUGGGGCGGCGUUUACGCAGUUGAAUACGUGUCGGCAGGCUCCGAGGGAUCCGUGGCCGGAAGUUCAGGAUGUUAAGCGCUGGGUAGGGGAGACGCUUAAGGAGGCGGAUCAGAGGCAUGGGGGACGGAUUGGGCGGUUCGUUGGUGAGAAAUUGGGGGCGGAGGAGAAGGCUGCGCUUGGGGCUGUGAUGGGGUAG